AGUUCGUGUUUUGUUUCAUCGAUAAAUCGUCGAAAUUCCGCCGAAUUCGACCGGGUUUUCGGCCGUUUUUCCCAAAAUCGUGGUCGUUUCGCGUGGUGUGGCGCUUUCGCGGUUUGGGGGUGGAUUAGUGUCGAAAUCGGCACGUCCAAGUUUGACUUUUAGUAUUGAUGGCUCGCAUCAAAAUGGUUUCGCGGCCCACCACUGGCUGUGUAUAUGCGUUGUUUUGGUAUAUCCGCAAUGCAGGCGUGCCGGAUUUAUACCGUUCCGUAGCGUGUGCCUGUUGGAUUAAUCUGGAUAAAACUUAGAAGGUUUCUCGCAGUUCUGCCCGAUUUUCUUCGACAAUCGGGGAAAUUUCAAGGGGUCACCUUCACUAAACGCGAAUUUGUAACAUGUCCCGGUGGUCCUAACCAAAAAUAACCACAAAUUUGUGGCAAAAAAUGCAGAGGACUGCAGCUAUGGACAGCGACACUUCAGAUGAGACUUCUUCGGAUUAUUCAACCGAAUCCUCAGACGACGAUGGGAUGGAAACAGCUGAAAUAUGUGGGACUAAACUGCAAUUACCUCAAGGUCUCUGCGAACGAAAAGAUAUUCUCCUUUCGGUUUUGUCCAGUGAAACUUGGAAUUCAUUGUCGGAUAAUAACAAGGAACACUUGCAAACCUUUCUCCCGAAUUUUCCCGAAAAUGACGAGGAAGAGAAGAAUAAAACAUUGGAAAAACUGUUCAGUUGUGAGACGUUUCGUUUCAACAAUCCCUUAGAAAAGUUCCAUGAGGAUCUCAAGGCUGGGUAUUUUCGCCCAGACAUUGCCAACAUGCGGCGAAUUAUAAAGAAAGCGCAGAAGAAAGAAGCCAUGUAUAGGUAUAAAAAGUUCAGGGAGAAAUUAAAACAGGAUGUAAUCGAAUCUCAGCAAAAGCUUCUCAAUCAAAUUAAUAAUCUCCCGCCUGGAGUGGAGCCCAAAAUCGAGAAAAUCCAAGACCCUAAUUUAAAUUACAUCGUCCAUCGAACGAAGCGACGAUAUUACCAGAUUUUAGCCUCAAUUCAGGCCAAAACGGAAGACAAUUACUGUUCACCUGACGAGAAUUACCCAGAGGGGCCCCCUGUGCCCCUCUCGCGUAAACAACGCCGUCACCUGAACAGUAUCCGAAAUAAUUACACCUCAACUUCAGACGUCUUCAUGUCAAGCAUGUCGACAAAAGCCAACGGUUUAGAUUUAGAAAAAUUCAUAACUCCCUUACGUAACCCCUUUUACAUCACCGACGACACUUACAAGACGCUCAUUUCGCAACACAAACGCCGGAAAUUGGAACGAAUCGACGAUCCCGAAUACAACACGAAAGGAAUAACCUUGUCGGACAUUGUAAAUAGGACCCAGUUGCCUUAUAUUAAAAACCUAACUCUGACCCCAAAACAUCACACCGACAAUAAACUAGUGAAAAAGAAACGGAAGGAAGUCAGGUUAAGUGCGCAUUCACACAGCUCAAACUCCGACAACGAGUCAGACUCGGACUCUUACAUAGACGCAGUGACCGUAAACCACGCCAAAAAGGUCAAAACGAACCGAAAUCCCAAAAGUGUGAGCAAAAAUGUGAAAAGUGAAGUUAAGACCGAACUGUUCACGCCCCCUAAACCCGACACGCCCACUACGACCAAGCCCCUCCCCUUCUCCCAGUAUGGCAAAAUCACCCCGGUCACAAUUUCCGACCUGGAAGGCAUCGAUAUGAUGGAAAUCCCCAUCGAUUUGGACAAUUCCAACAUCGAUAUUCUGGAAUUGAACAACAAACCGGAACUUAUGCAAGAAACACACUCGAAUUUUCUGUCGCUUAUCCGCGAUAUUAUUUGUUCAACCAACGAGCACAGGAUGAAUUUAUUGACGUUGGAGGAACGGUUAAAAUCGUGGCAAGAGAACCCGAUAAGUCCCCUGAACGACUGGUACAGUUUGGUGGACAAUUGGGUGAAUUUGCUCAAAAGUGCUGUGAAUUUUUUAUGCGGGAAUUCCCUUGAACAACCGGACGAUUUUGUACCAUAUAUGGAGUAUAAAAUUCCCUUAGAUAUGUACCAGUGGAUAGGGGCGGGGCGUGAUUCGGACGCGCUGUUGGCACCUCUGUGCACGUACUGGUUGGAGCAUCGGAGCGAAGCUAAGAUGAAUAAGGAGAAGGAUAAGGAGGAGAUUGACGUGGAAGUGUCCGAUAGGUCGCAGACCCCGCCCCCGCCACGGUGCCCAACCAAUUGGACGGUGCGCAAAGCAACAAGUGACGAAAUCAAGGAGUUUCGGGAACAGGAGCGCAAACGAUACGAUAAUCCACACAAGGCGUUCACUUACCGUUGUAAUGGUUACGAAAGUGUGGUUGGACCACUUAAAGGAAUUUAUAACGCUUCCGUUGGUAAUACUAAAGCCAGGGGUCACACGAUGUUGAACGCUGAUCGGCCCAAUUUUGUUACGAUUUUAUCAUUGGUCAGAGAUGCAACUGCACGGUUACCCAAUGGGGAAGGUACAAGGGGCGAUAUUUGCGAGUUGUUGAAAAGUUCGCAAUAUAUUUCAAGUACGGCCCCUGAUAACGUGUUGCAAUCAGUUGUGAGCGGGGCUCUAGACCGCAUGCAUACACAAUUCGAUCCUUGCGUUAAAUACGACCCGAAACGAAAAAUCUGGAUUUAUUUACACCGUAAUCGGACCGAAGAAGAUUUCGAACGCAUCCACCAACAGUACCAAGGUGUGAACAAAUCGAAAAAAGCGCCCAGUAAAAAGCCGAAACCACGGCCCAAAAGUGAUAAAGUCGCUAAUAAAGUUCCAAAAAGUGACGAUAAAUCAAAAGGCGUGCCUAAGGUUAAGAGUGGUGAUAGUGGGACGUCCAAAACCAAUUCCCUCCUUCUCUCAAAUCAAGACAAAACCACGCCCACGUCCGACGAGAAAGAAAUAAACGAAGCGUUGCAAGCGAUUGUCCAAAAUCGCGUGGCUUCGCCCACCAUUAAACAAACACCGCCCAAACCUAAAGGUUUGGUCAAAAUCAUAUCACCUACUCAUGGCAAAUCUCUGAUUAUUCCAUCAAGUAAGCAAGAACGCGCCACGCCUCCUAAACAAAUCGUCGCCCAACAACUCCUCCAAACCAUUCAAGCCAAGCAAAAACAGCAAAGCGAAGCUGAAAAAAUCGAAAUCAAGACUACACAACCCCAGCAGUUUAUUCAAAGCAUCACGCCGCAGCAACUCCAAGCCAUUAAGAAUGUCACACUGGUGCGGGAGCCCAAACUUGGAGGUGCUUUGCCCGAACAGAUACAGAUUAAAACACAAGCGACGCUAACGCCAGCUCAACAACAGCAAAUUUUGCAAACCAUUAAGCAGAAGAUUUUGCCGCAAGCUACAGUUUUGAAUUCGCAACAACAGCAGCAACAACAGAUUGUUUUGAAGCAGAAAGCGUUGCAGAAACAGACGCCACAGCAGGUUAAAGUCGGGAUUGAAGGAGCGAAGAGUUUGGGGUCGACGCAGAGUCCGGUUGUGGCGAAGGUUUUGACGAAUGCUGCGGGACAAGUUAUUUCAGUGGAGAGUUUGUUGGCGCAUCAGAAACAACACGGGUCGUUGCCACAAGGUACUACAUUGCGGGUGUCUGGUACCAAAGGCGGCCCUGCGAACAUAAUUCAACUGACUGGCACGUCCAAACAAAACCCGAUCGCUCAAUUCGCUGUAGGAUCACAAAACAACAUAAUAAUAACGAGUCAACCAAAACUCGUCAUGGCUACAUCGUCAACAACAACCACAACGACAACAACUACAUGCCCUUCGACGCUUACUACGACCAUAACGACCACAACAACAAAACCAGUAGCGCGCGUUACAACCAAUAAAACCCAACCACAAGCAAUCACAACCACGAAAUUCCCGCCGAAAAUCGCCCAACAAUUAAUCAACGCUAAAUUAAUAACAACCGAUGGACAAAAAGUCGUCCAACCGAAAAUAUUCAUGAGUCAACAAAACCAAGUCAAGUUGGCCUCGGCCAAAAACAUCUCUCUAACAUCGAAACCUGUGACAUUAGCCGCAAAUGCCAACACGAUUCGAAUGGUGAAUGCCGCCAACUUGAAUUUGACGCAUAUAGGGGGCAAGCCUGUUCUUUUGGCGAGUAAAGGCACAACGAUACAGAACAUACAAGGCCAAAACGUGAUACUUCAGACACAACCGAACACGAGUGGCGGCUCAUUGGUAUUACAGAACGCUGUAAAAGCAAUACCAACGACGCAAAACAACCCAAAUAUCAACAUAAUCAACCAGCAAAAUGUGGUUUUGGGGCCCCAAUUGAAAGUUCAGACGCCGCAACAGGUGGUUUUCAGCUCAGGGGUUAAAAGUGCAACCACUCAAGGACAUAUCGUACUGGAAGGACACCCAGUGAGGUUGCAGACGAGCACAGCGACCAACACCCAAAGGGUUGUGUUAGCGAGUCAAGGGCAAGGGGGGCAGAUAGUGGCCCAGCAGAUUUUACUACCGGCUGGGUUUCAAGGGACAGCUAUCAAUAUCAAGGCGUUGCAAGGGGUGAAGGUUAUACCCUUGGCCCAAGCGCAUGGACAAGGCCGAGGUGUUCAGGGGCGCCAAGUCUUUGCACGUGUCAUGAGUCCAACGGUGGUUAAAGCCACGACAAGUGCGGUGGAGAAAAGUUCAGACCCUACAAUAACGUCACCUGAUAUGUAAAUAGGUUUCAGUUAAGUUUAACAUGAGUUAGUGAAUGUAAUAUUUUUUUAAUUGUGGUAAACAUCACUCAAGUUUGGUCUCAAGUCUUGGCUGAGUUUUCCUUUUUUAUUUAUUUAUGGAUUGGUUUUGUGAUGUAAAUACUGUAAUAGUCGCCAUUAGGUAUUUGUGUAAUUUAUGAGUGUGUAGCUGCAAUACAAGUUACAAAUACUACUUAAUAAAGUUAGGGUAUCUUUUUAUAAA